UAAAUAAGUAACACACCCUAAUUUCAUAUUCACCAUACUAUAGCUACUAAAUAAAUUGCUUCAAAACUCACUAUCUAUACGCUAUGGAGAAAUACGAAAGAAUCAUGGAAAUUGGACGUGGGGCUUAUGGAGUUGUGUGGAAAGCCAUGAAUAAGCAAACUGGUGAACUUGUUGCGAUCAAGAAACUCAUCCAAGAAUAUCACACAGCGGAAGACUGCAUGAACCUGAGGGAAGUCAAAUCACUCAUCAAGAUGGCCAAUCAACCGAAUAUCGUAAAACUCAAGGAGAUCAUACGAGAAAACAACACAUUGUUCUUGAUAUUCGAAUGCAUGGAAUGCGAUCUCUACAAGUUUACGGUUGCAAGAAUGAAACUUUUCUCCGAAACCGAAAUCAGAAACUUGUGUUUCCAAAUCUUUCAAGGACUUGCACACAUGCACCACAAAGGAUACUUUCACCGUGAUCUCAAACCGGAGAACCUUCUUGUAUCUAACAAUCUGGUAAAGAUCAGUGAUCUUGGUAUGGCACGCGAGAUGAAUGGUAAACCGCCAUAUACGCAUAAUGUUACAACGUUGUGGUAUCAUGCCCCGGAGGUCUUUCUACGUGCGCCAUAUUACAAUUCUUCGGUUGAUAUGUGGGCAGCUGGUGCAAUCAUGGCUGAGUUAUUUACCAACCAACCAUUGUUUCAAGGUUCUUCUGAAUCAGAUGUAAUUUAUAAAAUCUGCCGAGUGUUAGGCACCCCAACUGAAAGCACGUGGUUCUCGGGACUUGAUCUUGCUAGAAACAUAUGUUAUGGGUUUCCUGAUUUUCCUGGUGUGCGGUUUUCUGAACUAUUGCCGACUGUAAACUCUGAUGCGGUUAAUCUUAUUGCUUCGCUUCUUUCAUGGUGUCCUUGUGAAAGGCCCACAACCAUGCAAGCGCUGCAGCAUCCUUUCUUUCAUGGGUGUUAUCGCGUGCCUCCAACCUCCGCCUUGAAGACACAUGUUGUAACAUUCUUAAUUCCGUAA